CAACAGUGUUGCUUAGUUUUCAGUUUCAGAGUUGUGCAACACUAUUGGCGUUUUGGCGCAAUUUUAGUUUUUGGAGGGAAAUAGAAGCCAACCCAAAAUCGUGGCCAGUUGUAAUUUGAGCAGUGCGGUGGCACGACGUGGUAACUGAUAAAAGAAUUAACAAAAAACCCUAACCCGCUAAUAAGUGCAGUGAGCGCUCACCAAAGAAAAUAGCCGCCGACGUGCCAAAAGAAGAAAAACAACCAAACUGCAAUCACAAAUAGGAAAAAAUUGUGCAUAUAAGCAAUGGCCCAGCCCUCGGUAGCUGCAUUUUUCACCAAUCGCAAGCGUGCCGCUUUGGAUGAUGCCACGGCCAUCAAAACCAGGCGCCUUGCGGAGCCGGUCGAUGCUCCCGCCCCCACACAGGCUCCCGCCCCCUCGGGAGCUCCCACCGACCAGGAUGUGGACAUAGACACCCUUAAGGCGGUGGCCAGCGGCAUGCGAACCCGAUCCGGGCGCAAUGUCCGUCUGAUCGUCACCCCACAGGAAAGCAAAAAGAAGACAGCGCCCUCGGGCAAACUGGAGGCAAACAUUAAACAACCCAAGCUGGUGCAGUUCAUCAAGAAGGGAACCCUAUCGCCCCGCAAACAGACCCAGUCUAGCAAGCUGGACGAGGAUGAGCUUCAACAUGGCAGCGAAGUGACCCCGAAGAUUAGUUUUACGGCCACCAGUCUACAGAAUGCGGACAACAUAGCGCGCGGCCUGCGCACACCCACCAAACAGAUCCUUAAGGAUGCCUCGCCCAUCAAGGCGGACAAGGAUCUGCGCCGCCAGCUCACCUUUGACGAGGUGAAGACCAAAAUCUCACGGAGCGCCAAGAUGCAGGAACUGAAAGCUGUCCUGGCCCGAAAGGCAGCUCUGGAGCAGAAGCGCAAGGAGCAGGAGGAGCGCAAUCGUCGACUUAAGGAAGCUGGACCAUCGCCCUCGAAAUCGGGAAUGGCUGUACAGCUCAAGGAGUUUGACACCAUCGAACUGGAGGUGCUAACAAGCCCACUUAAAACAUUCAAGACACCCACAAAGUUGCCGCCACCCACUCCGGACAAACAUGAGCUUAUGUCGCCCCGACACACGGACGUGUCCAAGCGUCUGCUGUUCAGUCCGGCCAAGAAGGGAUCUCCGGUCAAGUUGGUGGAGGUGCCGGCCUACAAACGCUACGCCAGUUUGGUGGAAACCUCGCGUGCCGGACAGCUUCCACUCCCCUACAAGUAUCGCCACUUGCUGGAGGUCUUCAAGGGACUCGACUCUGUGGUGGCCAUGUUCCACAACCGCAAGGAGUGCAUCACGUUUAAGAAGCUGAAGCCAGCUGUGCAGCGUAUGCUGCGGAAGAACUUCACGGAAACCCACUUGGCGCAGAUCAAGCACAUUUAUCCGGAAGCCUUUGUUCUUAGCCAGAUGAAGAUGCGAAACUUUGGUUCGGUGUCCAAGGCCGACUACUUCCAGCUGAUAAUCGCCCCCAAUGUGGAGCAGCUGCCCGAGGAGCAAACAGCCCAUGAUCAGCGAUCGAAGUCCAAGAUCAACGAGGACGAUGUGCUCACGUCGGCCCAGUCGACGUCUAUGAAUCCGCACGUCAUGACAGCCCGUAUGCAGCGCUUCCAGAGCCUGUUGCUCGAUCGGGUGAAGCGGGCGCAUGACCAGUUCCUGCGUUCCCAGGAUCCGCCAAUCAUCAUCGAAAAAGCGCUGACACGUUGGCAUCCACAGUUCGAUCUGGAAAGCUGCCCGGAGGUGGAGCUGGCGCCGCUACCACAGCCACCAAAUGUGGAGAAGUACUCUUCAGCCAAGGACAUUCUUUCCACUGCCAGGAACCUCUUCAACUGCGCCACUCCAAUGGAGAGGGCCAUGGAUCGCUACGAGGCCAAGUUAGAAGCGGAUAAAAAGGCAGCAGAAGCAGGCCAAAAAUCAGAAUCAAUAACCACAAAGGUUGAUAAAGGAACUGAGGGAACUCCGGGAAUUCCAGAUCCAAAAGCUAGAGAAGAAGUCCCUGGACCCAGCAAGGAUCAAACCGCAACGGCAACUCCCACAGUGAAGGAAUGCACCGCACCGGAUGCCACUUCCAAUCUUCUGAAGGGUCUGCCUAAGUCCCUGAUUGAGAAGAUCCGGGCCAAACAAGCUGCCAAAGCUUUAGAUGCAAUGACCAGGCGUCCUUCGCAGGAUCAGGAGGCCACCAAGUAUUCCAGGCUGCCGGAACUGGCGCGACACCUGCGUAAUGUGUUCGUAACCGAACGGAAAGGUGUGCUCACCCUAGAGAUAGUCAUCAAAAAGAUUCAAAACAGCUUCCGGGCCAACCUAACGCCGCUGGAGAUCGAGACCCACUUGAAGAUCCUCGCCAAGGAACUGCCCAGCUGGGCGUCCUUCCACGAGGUGCGUAAGACCAUGUACCUCAAGGUGGCCAAGGACUUGGACAUGAACAAGAUCAUCGAAAAGCUGGAGAACCUGGCCAACGCGAAGACCAAUUAAGCCGCACUGCCAACUAAACCGGAAAGGUAACCAGGACGCGGGAACCCGUCGAUCAUUGACCCUGUGGCUACAUCCAGCUAUAUCUUUAAGUACUUGUUUAAUUCGCUAGCCAAAUUGUUGGAGAAAUCCUAGGCUAAGCUCUUUCCGAUUUCUGACAUUGCUUAUAGAACAAAGCCCUUUGACUCUCCAGGAUUGGACUCAUCACAUUCGCUUAUCAAAAAUUAUUAAUUAUCACAAUUGGACUAUCGUUUAUUAUACUCUUAUUAUUUUAGAAAUAGGUGCAUUUUUCAUGUUGUAUUACGUUGAAUAAAUAAAUAUUUUUGCUGGAAUUUA